GUGAUCGGAAUGAGUUUAAGAAAUGAGCUUCGAGGGCCAUUUACAAACAACGAUGCUUGGUGCUAUUACAUGAGACAAGGAAGCCAACUAAUCCAUAGAAUAAACCCUAAUAUUCUCAUAAUCAUUUCCGGAUUAAACUAUGACAAUGAUUUAAGCUACCUAAAGAAAAGGCCACUAGGCUAUACCUUACACAACAAAGUAGUGUUGGAGGCACAUCUCUACUCGUUUAGUGGUGAUAAUGAAAGUAAAUUCAUGAAGAAGCCAUUAAACAUAAUAUGCAACGAAAUAAUGGAGAAGUUUGAAAGGGAAGCUGGGUUCGUGGUGGACAUGGAGAAUCCAUAUCCUUUGUUCCUUAGUGAAUUUGGGUAUGAUCAAUCAGGUGGCAAUGAGGCAGAAAAUCGGUUCAUGAGCUGCUUUUUAGCUCGAAUUGCCGAGAAAGAUAUUGAUUGGGCCUUGUGGGCUUUCCAAGGAAGUUAUAUGUACAGACAAGGUCAUACCGAUCCGGAUGAAA